CUAGGUGGAUAGCCUCAGUCGAUACCUGGAGGUCUUGAGGGCAGAACGGGUCGAGCCUCGAGUUACGAUUCUCUAGUCCCGAAGAUAUUUCGAUACUCGGAGGCAGCAUGGAGGGAUUUUUCGUGCUGUCGGCGAUUUGUUGCGUCCUCUCUGCCGUUUCCUGCACUCCGAUCGCCGCGAACGAACCGACAUGCCCGCGAGGAUUCACCGGGUACCUGGAGUACCCAUACAACUGCUACAAGUUUUUGCAGUGCGACCGCGGUCGUACAUUCGUAAUGAACUGCGGCCCUGGUACAGCUUUCAAUCCCAGUAUAAAUGUCUGCGAUUGGCCACAAAAUGUUCCCACUUGCUACGCAGAUGGAGAGGGAAUCAUCGACAUUCGUUGACACGACAGAGGAAUCGAAGACACUUUUUGAUAAAAAACAUUUAUUGAUUAAGCAAAUUCAUUAGGUAAAUGCCACGCAAAUUUCCUUCAUUCGAUAGAAAAUGGUAUUAAAAAAUGAGAUAUAUGGUCGAGGCAUCGUGAGGUGUAGAGAGAUUAUUCAUACGAAAUGUCCUGUUGAAAGCCAUUAUUUUCCUCCUCGAGAUAUUCUCCAGACUCUAGAGAAUAAAAAAUACGUAAAUGAAUGAGUCUAGGGUAAAAUAACGUGAUGCAGUUUUCAAAGCGGAGAAAAUCCUCCAUGAAAAGCUAUUCUGAUAUUCUGUUUUAGACUUAUUCGUUCUCUGAGAUAUUUUCGUAGAGAAUUUUGUGGGCGAUGAAAAAAAAUUCUUGACGUUAUUCUCUGAACUUGUGUUUUCGAGAUAUUUGCAAAAUAAUUUGUAAAAAAUGUCUCAUCCAAUCCCGAAAACUGCGUUUUAUAUGAAACAAUAUACUUUGGAUGUCAUGAGUAUUUAUUCAUCUCCUGGCAUUGGGUAAUAUUUUUGAGAUGUCCAUUUUUUAAAAAAUGCAAUAAAAAAAAUAUUUUUAUGAAAAUAUCUCUGGAGCAACUAAAUCUGCGGAAAAAUAACGUGAGACGAUUUUUUCAACUGAGAAAAUUCUCCACGAUAAACUAUUUUGGUAUUCUCUUUCAGACUUAUUCGUUGUCUGAAAUCUUUUUCUACAGAAUUUUAUUGACUGGAAAAAAAAAUCUCUUGGCAUUCUUCUGUAAACUUCUGUUUCCGAGUUAUUUGCAAAAUAAUCUGUAACAAAUGUCUCAUUCAAUUUCAAAAACUCCAUCUUAUAUGAAACAAUAUAUUUUGAAUGUCAUGAAUAAAAAAAAAUGCGAUGAAUGAAUGAACGACGAACGUGCCGAUGUUUAUUCAUCUUUCAUGAUUUGAAAUGUUCUCUACCUUCUUUAAAAAUGCACUGAAAAAUGUACUUUUCUGCAGAAAUUCUAAAGCAAAUAAUUAGGAUAAAACGUAAUAAAAUGAUUCUUAUAGCUGCGCAAA